AUGAUCUGCGUCCAGUCCAAUCUAAGUGCGAGCUACAAAGCACUACUGACCGUGGUGAUCAAGAUGCAGGGACAUCGCUGGCUCCAUUCAGCCUCAGAAGCAAUGGUGAAGUUGGCACGGAUGAUGGAUUGGAGAGUACAAUAUAUGACAGUGAUGAAACAGAAGUUCCAGUGCACCAAAGAGCACAACUCCCGUAUAGGGGAAGCGGUUAGCCUGGACAGAAGAUACACCAGACUCCUAAUGGUGAAGCGUUAUCGGAAUCAAAAAGAGAAAGAACAUGAACUAAUGGCUUUAGGCUUGAGACAUCAACAGAUAAUGGAGGAAAGAUCAUCUGACGAAUGUGCCCGCGCUUCAAUCCAGACCAUGUUCAAUCCCAAUGAAGAGGGAGUCAUUCCCAAAAUUGUCGUCUUACAAGGACCUGCUGGGAUUGGAAAAACGAUGACCUCCAAAAAGAUUAUGCUGGACUGGGCCUCUGGGAAUCUCUACCAUGACGAAUUCAGCUUUGUGUUUUACCUUAGCUGUAGAGAACUCAACACGAUCACCGAUAAAAUAAGCCUCGGCAGACUCUUGUCGAGAACCAGCAAAUUCCAGUUUCCGGAGGAUGUGAUGCAGUCCAUUCUGAGUAAUGCUAAGAAAUUACUCUUUGUCAUUGAUGGUUUCGAUGAAGUGAGAUGGAGUCUGAAGGACAAUUUUACCGUUUGCGGUGGCCCGCUUCAGGAAACUCACCGAGAAGUCCUUUUGAGAAGCUUGGUCAAUAAACGCAUUCUUUGUGAAGCUUCUCUGGUUAUCACCACAAGACCAUUCGCCUUAGAAAAGUUGGAUGAACUUAUUGAAGAUGUGUGUUCGUGCCACAUGGAAAUUCUGGGAUUUACAGAGGAAGACUUUGAGGAAUAUUUCCACAACUCAUUUCACAAUGAAGAUGAUGCAGACAAGGCUCUCAGUAUCAUAAAAGACAAUGAAGUUCUACACACCAUGUCUGCUGUCCCCAUCACCUGCUGGAUUGUGUGCACUGUGUUGAAACAAGAAAUAAAAAAAGAUCUGGAUUUAAUUCUGUGCAGAAUAGCCACAUCUGUCUAUCUCCUCUACCUAAAGGGUCUACUCAAGUACCACGGAAGGAACCAGCCAACACACAAUUGCCUUAAAAAGCUGUGUGCUCUGGCCAAUGAGGGCAUUUUAAAGCAGCAAAUCUUGUUUCAGGAGGAAGACCUGGAAAGACACGGAUUCUCUCUGUCUGAGGUUGAGUCUGUAUUUCUGAAUGAGAACAUAUUUCACCAGGAUAUUGACAGUAGCACUUGCUACAGCUUUAUCCACCUCAGCAUGCAGGAGUUUUUUGCUGCUAUGAACUACGUGAUGGAGGAGGAGGAGGUCACGAGAGACCAGGUGGCUUUUCUUCCAGAGAUCUGUGAGGGAAAGAGUCUGUCGCAGUUGUCUUCUUCUAGUCCACACUUGGCAUUAACUUUACAGUUCCUGUUUGGCCUCACAAAUGAAAAGCAGCUCAAGGAGCUGUCAAAGAUCACCAGGCGUAACGUUUCAUUUCAAGCAGCACGUGCCAUCAGAGAUUGGCUCGUUGGAGAAGACCCUUCCAAAUACAGAACUCAAUCAAUUUGUUGCUUGUACGAGACACAGGAUGAGGAUUUUGUUCGGGCAGUCAUGUGCCGAAGCACGGACUUGGAAUUCCGCCUGAUGGAAGGGAAAUUCUGUGCUAGGGAACUGGCCUACUGUUUGAAGUUCUCUGCUGAUAUUAGUGCUCUAACCUUCGUAUGCAAUAUAAUGGGGCAGAAGGACCUGGAAGUACUCUAUCCAUUCAUGCAGAGGUGUUCCUCUCUAAAGAUAGCAUGUUACGUAAAAAUCUCAUCGGUGCCGUGUAAUGUUUUACGGGACCUUAUUAUUACAAGCCAGAAACUAAAGCAACUGGACCUAUCAGAAAUACAUCUGCGUGACUCUGAUGUCCAUCUUCUGUGUGAGGGACUCAGAGUCCCGUGCUGCACCCUCCAGGAGCUGAGUUUGUUUUGUGAUUUGAGCCACUUCACCUGUCAUGAACUCCGUACUGUUAUAAUGGUGGCCAAACCUUCUUUGGAACUACAAGUAAUAUUUCAUGUGAGCUUUACUAUGGCAAUGCCAGAAGCAGAGACGUUGUGCCAGACCCUCAGACUUCCGAACUGCACCUUUCUGAAUGAUUCAAUAUUACACGAUAGAAUGGCCAGGCUUUUUCUUAGAACAAUUCAUUUUGCGUACAAAAACUCCUGGUGCAGACCAAGUAGCUCCACCGUCAGUAUAGGCAGGUGGCUUCAGGCCUUGUUUGGGUGCCGCAGCUCACCCGACGUUAUUUGGAGUUGGAGCUCCGUUGGGCCCUCGUGGAUUCAGUAUUCCUCAUCUUGGCUUCAUCUCAACAUUAAUGUAGCAACGUCAAGGAUCUGA